CCCGCAGGGCGUGGUUCGCAUCCCGUCUAGACGUCGCGCUGUGGUUCUGCAACAAAAACACGCAACACGGGUCCAUGGUGACGAGAAUCCCCCUGCGUUUCUUAUGGGAAACCAUCGCCUGGUCGUGCACCCACCGUGGGGGGCGAAUCUGCUCGUCUAGUGCACGCCUCGUGGGGUUGAUUCUGAAACGUGGUACGCUGGGUCUUGACAGCUGCGCAGCUGGUGCACAAUAGACCCACACAUGCACACGCACCAGCUGACACAACAUUGCGCGCCCCCGCCCCCCCUCACGGAGAUGACCCUCUGAACGGAGCGGGCAGAACCUACGCAGCGAGACGCGAGACGACACGCUUUCCGGUGGAUUAUCAUAAAGCAAAAGGGAUUGCUGGGAAGAAGAAGGAGGAAUUCGAAAAUUGGACUUUGGAGAGGCAGACAUCAGGAAAGAAACUCCCAAAAGAGGUCGAUGAGAUGGACAUGAGAAGACUAGUAAAACAGGAAGGCCUGGUUUUGCUGUGGUUUGCGAUUCUGAUAAAUCAGACAUGUCGGUUACGAUUAAAUGGAAACUGGGCGAUUGUUCCGCACAUCUCAGACUGACAAACCGAAACCUAUGUACUGGUUGUGUAACAAGGGCCGUAACUGGACUUCUGUAAAUUUUGUGCCAUUUCAUAGAAAUUUAAAUGUCACAACAUGUACAAUCAUCCAUUUUACUCGAUCAUUACCUGGGUUUCAACUGACUUUUUGUGUGGAGUCCGCUGUCGUCGUGACGAUGACGAUCACAAUCUGUAGAAGCAGAAAACAACAUCAUGGUGGUUAAGCCAAAUUAAGUUUCACAUAGAAACAAGUGCAUUGACGGUGUUUAGCAGACGCUUUUAUCCAAAGCAACUUACAAGAAGUCCAUUUGUCAGAAGAAAGAGAAACAACAGUAUAUCGCUGAAGGUACUGUAAGAAUGUUCAUAGAAACUAGUGCCAAGCAUUAACAAUAGUUAGGUUAAAGCAUUGCCACUGGAAACAAUAACAUUUUGUGUUUCCCUUCAACUAUUUCUGUCAACAUCACACAGUUUGUCAAAUAUAUUUUAUACAUUAGGCCUUUUAGGGAAGUGCAAUAUGCUCCAUUUGACUGUACUAAAUUUACGGAUGUGUGUAUGUUAUGUGUUAAAUAGUGCGGCAGAUGUCUGGUUCACUGUCUGUGUUGAUUAUAUGUCAAUAUUCCUGUACUGUACAACAAAUUCCCUCUCGGGGACAUUAAAGUUUAAGUCUAAUUCUAAAUUUAAAUGUUUGAAGACAAUUGAUUUUGGUUUUAAAUGCUUUUCACUUCAAGUAAUCAUGUGAAGGAAUAGGUCAAACGUUUGCCUCCCUUUCGGCAUCCCUUGUCGGUCCACAGCCAAGGUGCUGAAACCUCCAGUCGCUUCUGGUAUAUUUAGGGUAUCUGCUUCCCCCUAGCGUUUAAACAUGGUCACAACAAUGACAGAUGUUGUUAUGCUAUAUCUCACAGCUAGUUCUUCCACGUGUCGCAACAACGUGGUUUGCGCAUUGAAGCGACUUUACGCAAGGUGGUACAGGCUGGCGUUUGGUGUAGUUUUGUAUUUUGUUGAGACAGUGCUUUCGCAAGACCACUGUCGACAGCGACGAGGCGCUCUACAUCAGCCCAGAUUUACGCACUAAUGACGCCUUCUUUAAAACGUUCAGCCGACCAAGGAUCUGCGGGAUUCAACCGUGUUACCGGAAUAAUGGAACCAUCUUCCACGAAUCCCUUAUUUCCCAUUAAUAAAUUGCCAUUUCCAGGUGUUUAAGGGAUUGUUUUAACGGCAAUGGCGCGUCUUCUGCGCACCCACAACGUCGAUGGUCCAUCGAAUGCGCGUUUAAAAGCAUUAUAACUUCUCCAAAUCGGUUUGAAACCAAAUCGACACAGCUCGUAUAGACGGCCGUUCAAAUCGGCCACUAUUUUGCUCGGAAACAAGAUACUGUGUUGUCCCUGUAGUGUGUGUCUGUCUUGGUGGAUGUAUCGGGGCAGUUCUAUGAAUGAGUGCUACGAGCACACUAGCGUCUCUGCUGCUGUAGGGAGCUAUCGGCCUGGCCGUUGAGAUGCAUUGGAGGUUGACUGGUGCUGAACGGGCUGUUUGGGGAGGGAGGCAGGCCUACUGCUGUUCAGAAUACUACUCUGGGACGUUUCUCCAUUGUGGGUUAUCGAUAAGCAAUGGUUUAAUUUGUAACAACUGAACUGUAUCAAAUGCUGAAACAGUUGGUAUAUGAUUUAUCCAAGUAGUUACCAACUAUUUUGCGAUACUCAAGCAAAUAUAUAAAUACUUUGUAGGCCUGUUGCCACAGUUACCGCCAGCCCCAUUUUAAUUGAAGUAUGAACGUUAUUAGCUGUUACUUUCUUGUUUUGGAGACAUGAAAUCCUCACGCCCUUAGGUUAGUUUAGACAACAAAGAAACAGCAAGCGUGUGUGUGGACACUGAACACAUGCUGUCUGUGGUCGACUCAGAACACAGCUGGGAGCAGCUGCCUGGGGUAGACAGCUGUCCAUAAUGGCCCGAGCAUGACCAGACACCCGUCUACUGGGUGUACUGGGACCUGGUUGUAAUGCACUCCCACUGCGUCGUAGAUUAGUGUCGCAGAACACAUUUGUGCUUUCCUCACGUUGUCCUGCGACAUAUUUGUCAUAGUUGGGUUAUUAUUCACGAUACACCACACCUAAACAUCGAGUAUCGUAGUGCAUGUGCCCCAUCCUCAUUCCACAGCUGUUGGUUCUCUCAGUGAAAUGUCGGUAUUUUAGUCUUUGUUGUCGUGUCGGUUGGUCAUUGUGGGUCCUAACCCAACUGCUUUACAUGAAAACUAAGAUGACUUUUGGGGACGGCGAUAGACCAAUCAGCACUGUGGGUUUGUAACACAACGCCCACAACGUGCCCAUGUAUGGUGUUGGUGUCGUAGCCUGUUGGCUGAGGCAGCUGUCACACAAGGACAAGUGCUCAGUCGUCUGCUGUUUCACACGGUAAGAGUCUUCACUCACUCAUUCUAGCUUCACCUUUUUGGUUCUAUAUACAUUUUAUAUAUUUAUCAUUAUAUCAUUUUACUUUGAAUAUUGAGAAUAUUUUUGAGGAUAGCAUACUAUAUAUAGCUUAUACCUUUUUGAGGUUUGUGGAUGUUUUUAUAUUUUUUAAGUUGAAAGCCCUAUUAAGUUUUUUACAUUUCUGUAAUGUUUUUCGUUUUUUUUGUUAUAAAAUGCUUUUGAGAACAACAAUAUCGCUUAUAAAAUCAAUGUUCCCACGAUAAAAACAAUACAUGUAUAUCAAUAACCUGUCUCUCUCUCUCUCCUAGGGGACCGACGUCAACAACCUCACUAAAGGCCUCGCUUCAACCCAAACAUCCGUCCUGCUUCCCCCCCCCCAUCUACAGCCUCCUCCUCCUCCAUCCUCCACCCCUCCCCCUCAUGACGCCCUCGUACCCCCGCGCUCCUCCUCCUCCUCCUCCUGACCCCACCGGGGGCGCUGUGGGCCUGGAGCCAAGGGGCGCGGCCCGCCAUGUGGACCGGCAGGCCCUGGAGCGGGCGUGGCUGGACGAGCUCAGCGCCACCUACGGCGAGCGCGAGGCGGCCAUCCGGCGCCAGUACGCCGCCGCCUGCCGCGCCCUGACGCCGGCGGGAGGCCACGCCCCCGCCCACGCCCACGCCCGCGCCCGCGCCCGAGAGUUCCGCCAGGCGUUUGAGCGGGAGAAGAGCGAGCUGGGCCUGGAGGUGCUGUACCGGGGCGUGGUCGGCGGGGGGCGGGGCCUGGUGUUCGGCCGGCCCCUCCUGGAGGUCCACCGGGAGCUGUGCGGCGGGAGCAGGGUCGCCAUGGAGACCAGGUGCGCCCACCUGCUGGGCGUGCUGGGCAUGGGCCUGGCGGCGCUGGCGGCAUACACGGCCGUAACCGAGGACGACCUGGAGCAGGUGGAGCGGAAGUGGGCGCCCAGGGUGGAGGAGGUGCGGGCGAGGGUGGAGGAAGUGCUGCGCGCGUGUAGCUAGCGCUGAUGCUAGCACUGAUGCUAGCGCUGAAGCUAACAUUGAUGCUAGCGUUGAUGCUAACGUUGAUGCUAGCGUUGAUGCUAGCGUUGAUGCUAACGCCGAUGCUAACGCCGAUGCUAACUCUGGCAGGAAUAUUUGAACAAAGAAUCUUGUCUUAUCAUGUACUUGUUACUUGUUUACUUGUUAUUAUAUUAUAUAUUUUCUUAUUAAUUUAUAUUUUCAAAGCAUUCCUGGUUGAUCUUUAAUAAAUAUUUUUGCUGUCA